UACCGGCAUCCAAGUUCUAGCUUGUAAGAAUAAUUAUCUGGAUGGAGUAUCAAUUCCAGUUUUGUUUUGUGUUUAAUGUUAAAUCUCAAACAUUCUUCACAAUACUAAAUCAUUGUCUAUAACUUGGGUAUUAUCGUAUAUUUCUUUAAGAUAAUAUUCAGUAUUUAUUCAACACUGCUUUUACAUAUUUGCUAUAUAGAAUACUAUACCAAUAUAAUAGUUAAUUUCAGGUAGCCUAAUUGAAUUUUGCAGAUCGAGAAACACUGAAUAGGUCUAUUUAUCAUGGCAUCUUUUGAUUCCAUAAUUGAUGCUAGUGAUGAUGAGCAAGAGGAUCAAUUAUUUGAGCACCGAGGGAAAGAAAGCACAAUAUUCCUCAUUGAUUUCCGUAAAUCCAUGCACAAAUGUGGGUUUUUCAAACAUUGUUUAUUGAAUAUAAAAAAGUCAAUUCAGAAAUCGAUCAAAGAAGCCCGAAAAAUUAUUUUUGGCAUAAUCCUUUUCGGCACUGGGAAAAGAGAUGCUACUAGCUAUAGGCAAAAUAUAGCACUGCUUCUGCCGCUCGCGUUAUGCAGUGUUGAAAGACUGAAAAGGAUAAACGAAAUGAUCAUUUCUAGUGAUGACAUUAUCAAGGAAUAUGGGCAGUCAGAUGAUGCUUCAUUGGCAGAAGCCUUGGAAGCAAGCUUCCAUUUCUUUACAAAUUGUAACACCAAGUUGGGUUCCAAGCGGAUCGUGCUUUUCACCAAUGAUGAUAAUCCAGAUGGAAAGAAUAAAGAUAAGCAGCAUCAGACAAGAAAAAGGGCUGAAGAUAUUGCCGUCAGUCGUAUUGAUCUUGAUAUCAUUCCAUUGGGGGAGAAAUUUGACUCCAACUUAUUCUAUCAGGAAAUCAUCCAUAUUGUCAAAAAAGGACACUUCUACAUUGAAGGCCCAUUUUCAACUUCUCAAGAUUUCUCUGAAUUGAUAAACAGGCAAUCUUAUACAAACAGAAGUUUUGGUCGAAUUAGAUUCAAUUUAGGAAAUGACACAUUCAUUGGAUGCGCAAUUUAUAAAUUCACAGUGAGUCAUCUUUUGAAGAAAGUGAAUUUGCACCGAGAAACAAAUGAGCCUGUUCGAUCUGUUCGACAAUUUCUUCAUCCCUCAACAGUGAAAGUUCUGAGACCAUUUGAAUACGUAACAAGCUUCACCAUUGCUAACAAAGUUAUUAGCUUCUCUGAUGAUGAAUGGAACAUGUUCAACAAUGGAUUUGAGCCUCAAAUAACACUUUUGGAGUUUAGAUCUAUCGACGACGUAGAUCUUGAGUUCACUUUCUGCAACCCUCUGAGCUUUCUAUUUCCUGAUGAGUCUGUUGUUGAAGGUAGUACUACCCUUUUCAGUGCAUUGCUGAACCGCUGCUUAGAAAGAAGAAUCGCUGCGUUGUGUAUUUACAAUUCUCGCAGAGGGAGUAAACCUCGACAUGUACUACUGAUUCCCCAGCAUGAAACAGAAAACGAAGAUGUGUAUGAAAAAAUGCCCGCUGGGUUUCAUGUUUUUUACCUUCCAUUCGCAGGAUCGAUUGGGGAAAUGCCGACAUCUAAUAUAAAAACCGAAGAGUCUCCUGAGAACGUGGAUCUUAUGAAGAAAAUGAUUAAAAAACUGAAAAUUCAAUACAGUCCAUCGACAAUGGACAAUCCGAAAACCAGCUUGGAGUGGGCUCACAUCGAAGCUCAUGCCAUCGACACUGAAGAUCUUCAAGACAUUAAAAUUGAUGAUCAAACAAUUCCAGAUACUGAAACUAUUGAUGAAAGACUGGACUUUCUAAUCGAAGAUUUCAACAGAACAUUUGAAACCAGCUGUGGUACAUCGUCGUCGAAAUCUUCUAAAAGACCAGCAAAAUCCAACACAACUAGAAAUUACACCAAAAAGUAAACAGAAGAAUUGAACACUUGCUUUGAGAAAGGAAGCUCUUCACAUGUGAAUUUUACAAAUAUUUUCAUGUUUCCAUCAUAAUUAUUAUUCCUCUAUUAUCAAGUCAUAAGAAUUUCGAAAGUACAGUAUUAAUAAAUACAUUUUUAAUAAAAUCAUA